CUGGAUCCAGUUGAUAUUGAUCCAGAACGACAGACAGAGAGUGAAACGGAGACAAAGACAGAGGGACGACGAUGUUUGAAAAUGUCCCGACAGUGUCCUCAGCGGAGCGUCAGCAGGUACUGGGAGCUCUGGACCGUCUGCACUCCAAACUGGUCCAGAGGGAAGAGUGGACCCACAGUGACACCCUGGGAAACCUGAGGGAGACCCUUCAGAGUCCACUGUUCAACCACAUCCUGACCCUGCAGCAUUCCAUCAAACAGCUCCGCAGCCAGUUGAGCAGUAUGCCUCCUGAUGCCUGCAGUGAGUUCAGCUUCUCCAAAAAGGGUCAGCUGAUCAUGAGCGCUGUUAAUCCCGCCAGCAGCUCGGCCCCGCCCACCCUGUCUGCCUCCUCCUCUAUCCUGACCAAUGGCUCGUCUCCGCCCAUCGAUCAGACUGACCUCCUCCAGAAGUGGAUCCUCACCGCCGCCAAGGGCCGUCACACGGAGUUGGUCAGUCUGACUCGGCCAUUCUCUGGUGGUCUGGGCUUCAGCGUGGUCGGUCUGAAUCCUGCAGGAAGCAGCAGUCAGGGAGUCUUCGUCAAACACAUCCAGCCUGGAGGCAUCGCACACAGGGAUGGGCGUCUCCAGGAGCGGGACCAGAUCGUGGUGAUAAACGGUAGUCCUCUGGAGCCGGGGAUCAGCCAGCAGCAGGCCCUCACCCUCCUGCAGCAGCCUGGAGAAAUGGUGGAGCUGGUGGUGGCGAGGGACCGCCCACCCAACGCAGCGUCACCCGUCAUCACGGAUCAGUGGGGUCACGUGGAGGAGAUCGAACUGUUGAACGAUGGAUCCGGUUUGGGCUUCGGCAUUGUGGGAGGGAAGACGACUGGGGUGGUGGUCCGGACCCUCAUCCCAAACAGUGUGGCUGAUAAGGAUGGGCGUCUCCGCACAGGCGACCACAUCCUUCGCAUUGGGGCGACGCCCACCAGCGGCCUCAACAGCGACCAGGUCGUCAAGGUGCUGCAGGGGUGCGGGAGUCACGUGACCAUGCUGAUCGCCAGGGAUCCCCAAGGUCAGAGGUCGACAGGUCCGCCUCCCCCACCUCCUCCAAAUUCUGCCCCGGUCUCCUCCUUACCUCCCCGACCCCCUGAACUGCCCCUCCGCCCUGACGUGGGCCCCAAGCGCCGGCUCAGCAAGACGCCCAACUUGGAGGGAUAUGAGAUCCACGAGGUUCCUCUGACCAAGAAGGACGGACAGAGCCUCGGCAUCUCCAUCAUCGGCUACAACCCUCUGACCAGCCAAGAUGCAGUAGGUGUGUUUGUGAAACAUGUAGUACCAGGCAGCGCUGCAGAUCACAGCGGAAACAUCCGAGUCCACGACCGACUGAUAGCUUUGGACGGCUUCAGUCUUCACGGUAUGACCAAUCAGGAGGUGCUGGAGGUGAUGAAACAGACGGGUCAGACCGUGGUCCUCACUGUGGUCAGGAAGAAACCCAGAGUCCUGGAGAGAUCCCUGGAUAAAGUGGAGAGGGAGCCGUCUCACGUGUCACUGCGGAGGUCGUUGAAGGUGAACACUCGCUCCUCUGGGUUUGGCUCCUCAAUGAUGAAGCUGGAGCCAAUCUACCCUAACACCAGUAGCAGGGCUACAGAGGCAGAACUGAGGGCUAAAUGGGAUCAAGCUCUGGGGCCACUGUAUGAAGUCCUGGUGGUGAAGUUGGAUCCUGUCAUUGAAGAUGAUGCAGAGCUGCAGAAAUCCUGCAAGCUGUUACCCGUCCACACGCUGAGACUCGGGGUCGAGUUGGACUCGUUCGAUGGUCACCAUUACAUCUCCUCUGUGGCCCCUGGAGGCCCUGUGGAUAAACACGGAGUCUUGAGACCAGAGGACGAGCUUCUGGAGGUGAAUGAUGUUCAACUCUACGGAAAGUCUCGUCGAGAAGUGGUGUCGUUCCUCAAAGAAGUGCCUCCUCCGUUCACUCUGGUCUGCUGCCGACACCCAACCACCGACCUGGGACCAGGUCCAGAGUCUGAACCAGAGUCUGAACCUGACCCCGUGUUACAACCAGGAUGUGGGCCAGUGAGACAGUCACAGCCCAGUGUGGAGGAGAUUGAGCUGAAGCUGUCGUCGAUGCUCUGCAGUCAGACAGUCCUGAGAGACAACAGCAGCGACCAGCAGCAGGCAGUUAGACAGGAGCAGGUGUCCCCUGUGGCGGAGGUGCUGAAGGAGGAGAAGAUUCAACACAGCCGGGAGGAGGAAGAAGAUGAGGAGCAGGAUCAAGAUGAGGAUGAAGAAGAAGAUGAAGAUGAAGGGGAGCUGGCUCUGUGGUCGCCAGAUGUUCAGGUGUUGGAGCUGCAGAAGGAGAGAGACAAAGGCCUCGGCUUCAGCAUCCUUGACUACCAGGACCCGUUAGAUCCAGGUCGCUGUGUGAUGGUGAUCCGGUCUCUGGUUCCUGGCGGCUCAGCAGAACAUCACGGGGGUCUCCUUCCUGGAGACCAGCUGGUUUCUGUUAACCAGACCCAGCUGGACCUGCUCACCCUGGCGCAGUCUGUGGAGGUCUUGAAGUCUGCCCCACCUGGCACAGUCCGCCUUGGUAUCCGGAGGCCUCUCGUGGUUGACGGACCAGAGAGGAGGAGGGGGGACAGCAGCCACACUCAGCUGCCAGUACCAAAGGGUUUCGGUGACGGCUCCAUCCUGCCUGAAGACCUUCAACACAAAGAAGACGAGGAGGAGGAGGAGGAGGAGGAGGAGGAGCCGGAGCUGAUACUGGAUGGAGGUCUGCCACGCUACACCACCUUCUCUCUGACCUCUGACCUCCUGCCUGUAGAGGAGGGCAGGGAGAUGGCUGUGGACGAGGAGGAGGAGGAGGAGGAGAAGGUGAAGAUAGAGGAGAGAGAAGAGGAGAGAAAGGGCUCUCUCCCCAGGAAACCUCCUCCCUCGUGGGAGGAGUGGAAGCUCGCCUCCUCCAGCCGGGGAGGACCAGAGGAGAGCUGGAGAAGAGAGAAGCAGGAGGAGCUGCAGAGACCAGACCAUGAGGGCGUCGUGUCUGUAGGAAACAUGAUCCUGGACUCAAGAGACAGUGAAGCAGACUCUGAGCUCACUCUGACAGACACCGACACAGAGUCUGUCAGAAUGAUUGACAUUGGGAUGAGGAAGAGGCGGAGUCAGGGAGGAGCCUCUCAACUAAUCAGAGGAGGCCACAGCAAUCUCCCUGAAAGAGAGGAGGGGGAGGGAGAGGAAACUCCUGUCUUCAGUCACUGGGGACCCCCCCGCAGGGUGGAGGUGUGGGCUGAGGAGGAUCAGUCUCUGGGCCUGAGCAUCGUGGGAGGUCGUCAUGUCAUCAAGCGUCUGAGGAACGGAGAGGAACUGAAGGGAAUCUUCAUCAAGCAGGUUUUACCACACAGUCCUGCUGCCAAGACCCAGUGCCUGAAGACCGGAGACAAGAUUCUGGAGGUGUCAGGUGUCGACCUGCGAGCUGCCAGUCAUGAGGAGGCAGUCGGUGCCAUUAAAUCAGCUCCGAGCCCCGUCGUCUUCAUCGUACAGAGUCUGUCUGCUACACCUCGGCCUGUGUCUGUAACAGCUCCCAGCUACAGCAGACACAAAGCAAAGAGGACAACGUCUCCGAAAACAGGAGUAACAACACCCCCACUGAGACAGCCCCCACCCUACAGACCCCCCAGCCAGACAGGGCCUGAGCUGAACUCUGACCUGGAGCAGGCCAAAGAGCGUUGGUGUGAGCGUUAUGGAGACCUGCCGGGGGAGCUGCUGUGUGUGGAGCUGGACAAGGAGCGUCAGGGUCUGGGUCUCAGCUUGGCGGGAAACAGGGAUCGUUCCCGCCUCAGCAUCUUUGUGGUGGGACUCAAUCCCGGAGGACCGGCGGCUCGAGAUGGACGCAUCCGGGUCGGAGACGAGCUGCUGGAGAUUAACAAUCAGAUUCUGUAUGGGCGGAGUCACCAGAACGCCUCGGCCAUCAUUAAGAGCGCCACCUCCAAGGUGAAGCUCAUCCUGCUCAGAAAUGAAGAUGCAAUAAACCAGAUGGCUGUCCCCCCUUUCCCGACUCCCCCUCCUCCCCCUGUCCUCAGCCCCGCCAGCCCUGAGUGUGUCGCUCCAGCUCCUCCCAGUUUCCCCACCCCCACAGACGGAACCCACCCCCCUGACAGCCGGAUGUCCCCCCCAUCGUCAGACAUAGACGAGACGCGCGACGAGGCUGAGCAGAACAACAGGAACAGGAACAGAAGCAGCAACAGUAACAGUAACAGCGCCCCCCAGAGUCUGAGAGAGGCCGACACGUCCAAACAGUCCUGCAGGUCCCACAGCAGCUCCAGUAAACAGACAGCAGCAUCUCCUCCUCUGAUCAGCCCUGACCUGCACACUGCCAACAAAGACCCAUCAUGCUGUGCGGUGGUUCCUGGUCAGGAGACGGUGCUGGAGAUCUGUAAAGGUCGAUCAGGACUGGGACUCAGUAUAGUGGGAGGAAGAGACACACACCUGGACGCCAUUGUGAUCCAUGAGGUUUAUGAAGAGGGAGCUGCAGCCAGAGAUGGACGACUGUGGGCAGGAGACCAGAUACUGGAGGUAAAUGGCGUGGAUCUCCGCAGCGCAUCCCAUGAGGAGGCGAUUGCUGCCCUGCGUCAGACGCCAGCGAAGGUCUGUCUGAUGGUGCUGAGGGACGAGGCUCAGUACCGAGAUGAGGAGAACCUGGACCUCUUUAAGAUGGAACUGCAGAAGAAGAGUGGCAGAGGGCUGGGACUCAGCAUCGUCGGAAAGAGGAGUGGUAGUGGUGUGUUCAUCUCUGAAGUGGUCAGAGGGGGCGCUGCUGAGCUGGACGGUCGUCUGAUGCAGGGAGAUCAGAUCCUGUCAGUCAAUGGAGACGACACGAGACACGCCUCCCAGGAAACUGUGGCUUGUAUACUGAAGUGUGCUCGGGGUCAGGUCCAUUUGGAGCUCGGCCGACUCAAAGCUGCAUCCUGGAUCUCAUCCAGGCGCAACUCACAGGGAAGCCAGAUGAGUCGUGUGAGUGGGAACAGCUCAGGUGUUGUGGCUCCGCCCCUCAUGCAGACCCCAACCUCAUCCGACCCCCCGACCUCCGACCCCCUGACUACAACCUCCACCGGGCCCCUGGCCCUCAAUAGCAACAUGAAGCCCACACCUGAUAUCACGUCCUCCUCUGCAGGGACAGAUGCAGGGAUCCGUACAGUGGAGAUCACAAGGGGUGUCAGUGACUCUCUCGGGGUGAGUAUAGCAGGGGGGAAGGGCAGCCCGCUUGGUGACAUCCCCAUCUUCAUUGCCAUGAUUCAGGCCAACGGAGUCGCCGCCAAGACGCACCGACUCAAGGUGGGCGACAGGAUAGUCAGUAUUAACGGUCAGUCUCUGGAGGGUUUGUCACACAGUGAGGUCGUCACCAUGUUGAAGAACAGCUAUGGAAACAUCAGCCUGCAGGUGGUAGCGGACACCAACAUCAGUGCCAUCGCCACUCAGGUGGAGAGUUUGUCCAGCAGCUCCAGUCUGUCGGCCAACACUGACACACACACAGCAGAGCCAGAGGGUCCGCGGCCCCGCAGCAUCAGUCUGGAGAAAGGCUCUGAGGGACUUGGCUUCAGCAUCGUGGGAGGAUUUGGCAGUCCACACGGAGACCUGCCGAUCUAUGUCAAGACCGUCUUCAGCAAGGGAGCGGCGGCGGUGGACGGGCGUCUGAAACGAGGCGAUCAGAUCCUGUCGGUGAAUGGGGAGAGUCUGCAGGGAGCCACACAUGAACAGGCGGUCGCCAUCCUGAAGAAACAGAGAGGAACUGUCACACUGGACGUCCUGUCAUAACACACACACACACACACACACGUCUGCAUGCACACACAAAUAUGAAUCGCACACAUGAACACAGAAGCUCCUGUGAUGUGUUCACAUGCAUCACACACACCCUGACUCUCGGAUCGAGAACUCGGAACUUCCCAACGUGCAAAAAAAAAAAGAAACAGCAUCAGA